GCAGACCGCCAGCGGAAAACGAUCUCGCGAGACACGCAGAGUGCGAGCAGCUUGUGUUCGCUGCAGCCGCCGGUGGGGGUGAGCACCGAAAGCGAUUAUGCGGCUGUUGGGCCUGCUGGUGUGUUCGGCUGCGCUGCUGGCGGCGGCGGCGCCCGUCUGCCGGGCUGCGCGCAUCCUGGGCCUGUUCCACUUCCAGGGCCGCAGCCACUGGGCCAUGGUGGAGCCGCUGCUGCAGCAGCUCGCCGCCAGGGGGCACAACCUCACCGUCGUGUCGCACUUCCCGCAGAAGAGCCCGCCGCCCAACUACCGCGACGUCAGCAUCCGCGGCUCGGUGCCCACCAUCGUCAACAACCUCACCGUCGACUUCGUGCGCAGCCUCAAUGUGGUGUUCUUCAUGUGGCAGAACACCUACGACUACUGCGAGAACAUCUUCGAACAUCCCGGUCUGACCGAAAUCUUGACGACGAACGACAAGUACGAUCUCAUAAUAACGCAGGUGUUCGGGGCGGACUGCUUCGCCGGCUUCCUGCACCGCUUCCGGGGCACGCCCGUGGUCAGCCUGACGACGAGCGUGAUGCUGCCCUGGAGCAACACGCGCAUGGCCAACCCGGACCACCCCGCCUACAUCCCCAACUACUACCUGCCGUACGGGCCGCGCAUGACCUUCACCGAGCGCCUCGUCAACACAGUCGCCACGGUCGCCACCAGCGUCGGCUUCGAAUACUACUCCGCCAGCCUGGUCGACAGCCUCAACAGGCGAUAUUUCGGCAAGGGGAUUCCCAGGACGGCGGAUCUGGUGACGAACACGAACCUGAUGCUGGUGAACAGCCACUUCAGCAUCAACCACGCGCGGCCCUUCCUCCCCAACGUAGUGGAAGUCGGCGGAAUGCACAUCCCCAGCAAACCUAAGAAACUGCCCGAUGAUAUGAAGCGGUUCUUGGACGGGGCCCCGGAAGACGUGGGCGCCGUGCUGUUUACGUUCGGGUCGCUGGUGCGGACGGAGACGAUGCCGCUGCAGAAACUGGUGGCCUUCGUAGCGGCAUUCAGACAGCUGGCCCCGCAGCGCUUCAUAUGGAAGGUGGACGCGUCUGCCCUCGCCGAACUGGGGCUCACCGUCCCCGACAACGUUUACACGGCCAACUGGGUGCCGCAGUUCGACGUGCUCAGUCACCACAAGUUGCGGGCGUUCAUCUCCCACGGCGGCCUCAUGGGGACGCUGGAGGCGGUGCACUGCGGAGUGCCGGUGCUCGGGAUCCCGCUGUUCGCCGACCAGAAGCUCAACGUGCCCAACAUGGUGCGCCACGGCGUCGCCAUGCAGUUCGAGCUGGACUACGUUAACACCGACCUGCUCGUCUACGCGCUGCGGAGGAUCACCGCGCCCGGUUCCAAGUACCGGCUGCGCGCCAGAGAGCUGUCGUGGCAGUUCCGCGACCGGCCGCGGACGCCGCUGGAGGAGGCGGUGUACUGGACGGAGUACGUGAUGCGGCACCGCGGCGCGCCGCACAUGCGGCCUGCCUCGCUGCGGCUCAGCUGGUACCAGUACCUGCUGCUCGACGUGCUCGCCUUCAUCGCCUGCACCUUCUGCCUCACCACCACGCUCACCUGGAUCCUCCUCAAAAACUGCCUGUGCACUCAAAGUCAGAGGAAGCGCAAGAGGUCGCGGAUCGAUAGGCGGUUCAGAGCCACCUGAGUGACCGCGUACUGGGCCGACACCGUCCCCCAAAGUGUUGCCCGACCUGUGACGUGCUGUUUGUAUACCUGGCUGAAUACUAGCUCGUAGUGGGAAUCUCUUAGUCCUUGGCUUCUGGAGACAUUUUUCAUUGGUGAAUAUCUAGAAACUGCCAUUAAUGAAUUAGUAGGUAAUCGAGAGCUUCUGUAAAGUUUGGAAGGUAGGAGACGGAUACUGGCAGAAGUAAAGCUGUGAGUACCGGGCGUGAAUCGUGCUUCGGUAGCUCAGAUGGUAGAGCGCUUGCCCGUGAAAGGCAAAGGUCCCGAGUUCGAGUCUCGGUCGGGCACACAGUUUUAAUCUGCCAGGAAGUUUCACAUCAGCGCACACUCCGCUGCAGAGUGAAAAUCUCAUUCUGGAAACAUCCCCCAGGCUGCGGCUAAGCUAUGUCUCCGCAAUAUCCUUUCUUUCAGGAGUGCAGGUUCUGCAAGGUUCGCAGGAGAGCUUCUGUAAAGUUUGGAAGGUAGGAGACGGAUACUGGCAGAAGUAAAGCUGUGAGUACCGGGCAUGAGUCGUGCUUCGGUAGCUCAGAUGGUAGAGCGCUUGCCCGCGGAAGGCAAAGGUCCCGAGUUCGAGUCUCGGUCGGACACACAGUUUUAAUCUGCCAGGAAGUUUCAUAGUAGGUAAUUGCUUACCUCCGUUAUAGAGCAUUUUCCUACAAGUUCCACUAUACAAGUUGACUGAUUACUCAGGAAAAUACAUCGCGCGUAGAGAUACACACACACACACGCAGUUAUAAGAGCAAAAUUGUUUUUGUCGUGUUACUGUGCCAAAAAAUGGCAAAGUAGUUGAAUUUCUUGACAUGGAGAAAGGUGAAGGGACCUUUUGAAUGUUUUCGUGUGCCUGUGAAAGCUAGAAGGAAACAUCGACAAGACUGCACUACUUGCGCGCGCUGUAGCUGUCUUUGAAGGCGGCUCUUCGUGUUUACAGCUGAAACGUCCCGUGACCUGCCACUGCCUACACACACUGCAGUAUCGGAAACGUGUGGCUCACAUUUCAUUAUACGACUGCUUUUCCUCAGGGUUAAAAUAAAUUAUUUCCAGAUCUUGCCAGCGCUAGCUGAUACAUAGCAGGACUUUGAUGUAUGAACAGAUACAUCUAUCUGAAAGGAACGUAUUCAGAUUAUGGGAGUCUACAGCUGUUAAGUGUCUGUCUUGUGUUAACAGCAAGUCCAGAAUGAGAGGCACAACAACGGAACUUGGCGCCUAUUUUUUUUUAACUGGCUUUCGAUACGUUCCCUUACAGCCAUACCAACAGUGGAGUCAUUUACAAUGAUACAAACGUUAAGAUAAGACAACACUCAGUCCCCGAGCAGAGACAAUCUCCGUUUCUUGUCAUCUCGUGCAUAUCGACAUGUGGUCACGGACUACUUUUCCUUAUUUAUGACUCACACUCCAGAGAAUCUACACGUCAAGGCAGGCUUUUCCAAUAACUUAAGUUGCCACAGACGUCUACAGUUAUCUUCUUUCACUCCACCGCCAACAUUUGUAGCUGUUUUUAUCUGGCUAUCAGAUGGUGCUGUAAUGCGUGAGAAAAAUACUUAGCUACUUUUACAUCACAGCCCAGGUUUCGUCAUUCAAACCACUUGCUUAUCAUCUACUUUUCACGUAGUAAAAAUAAAACGAUGAAUUACACUAACGCCUUAUACUUCAAUUAAUUUCUACAAUGAGGAAAAGCCAAAUCACACGCACGAGAUGGCGUGUAGGAAGCGUUGGUAGCUUCGUGUAGAAUCUGGGCCUACCGAAAGUGGCGCUCAACACUGUUCACGUUCCAGUUAUUAGCGUCGCAUUGGUAUGAUGCCAACUCGUGACGCUCGACAUUAAGCAGUAAAGAUUUCAGCGUUCUGGUGUAGCACGUUGGUUCGCUCUGUGAUGAAGUGUACGUUACUUAUCGUUGUUUACACUCUAUAAAUGGUUAUUAAUGUUCAAAAUUCCGACUUCGUCGUGAUUUGGAGUCAUUAACUGUAAGUCUGGGCAAGUCAGUCCAGACGUCGGAGUAGUACUAAAAUCACUGAGCACUGCAAAUAACAAACCGCCAACCAUUGGCCUGUAUCAUUAUGACAUCAUACAGAUUCAAAUUUGGUAGCGAACGGUGCACUCUGAAAUCUGUUAUGUUCGUACAUGUCCGCCGAAGCACAACUUCCUGUAUCGAGAGAACGCCCGUGGUCCACGAUCGCCUCGUGUUUUUAUUACUGCAGUCGGCUGCACACUUUCUGUUUCGUAUUCCUUGCCUUACGUUUUGCAGUUCUCCCUUGGAAAUCAACUGUAAAAUCAUAUCUAGGCCAACAAUAAUUACACACUACACGCACGGUUGUCAACUGAAGCAACUUGAGCAUUUUCUUCAGUGAAUGGUGGCGCGUAUACGUCAUCACCUAUCGAAAGCAAAUCUGUCAGUUUUGUUAGUCGAUGACGGGGACGUAUUGUAACUGACGGAAUCACUGCUUCGCAAACAUUAUGAAAACCGAAUUACGGUGAACAAAGUUGAAAGUUGAAUGAGAAUUCAGAGAGGGAAAAUAACGGAAUCGAUGCUGCCAAACGUGCCUCCUCCUCCAGGCACGCUCAGCUCUCCUCCAAAGUCCAUGUCCACAUUAGUAACAAUCUCCAUAAAUAUCACUUAAGUAGAAGAUGGAUGCUCUCAGUGUUGAACAGCCUAGAUUCCAGUGUUUUUUUUUUUUUUUUUUUUUUGCUGUUAAAUAAUCUAAGUGAUUGUUAUUGUAUAGUAUUUAUUUAAUUAGACUGUAAGGUAAUAAAAUACAUUUCUCUUAA